GGCGUGUCUGCUCAGCAGGGACCAGCAUGGACCAGUCUGUGGCGAUCCAGGAGACCCUGGCCGAGGGGGAAUAUUGCAUCAUCAUAUCCUUCCCAGCAGUACAAGGGGUGCUGUGUGAGGGAGGCAGCAGACAGAGCCGCCUCCUGGGACUUGUGCGCCACCGCCUGAAACAUGGUGGCCAGGAACAUGCUCUCUUCCUGUACACACACCGGAGGAUGGCCAUUACCGCGGACGAUGUCUCUUUGGACCAGAUAGUGCCGGUCUCACGGGAUUUUACACUGGAAGAAGUGUCCCUGGAUGGUGAACUCUACAUUCUUGGCUCAGAUGUGACCGUCCAGCUGGACACCGCGGAGCUCAGCCUCGUUUUCCAGCUACCCUUUGGUUCACACACCAGAAUGUUCCUCCAAGAAGUGGCCAGCGCCUGUCCAGGUUUCGAUCCCGGCACCCCAGAUCCUGAAUUCCUGUGGCUGUCUGUAUACAGGUGUACCCGGCUGGAGCCCGAUCCGCCCGCGCCUCUCGGUUGGAACUCGGCCCAGGACCCAGGGCCCCGGUGCGCCGGAAUUGGCGGAGGCGUUUUUGACUUUGAUGGUUCGAGGUCAGAUGGGAAAAGCCUGCUUGUGGACCAAAGCUCUUGGGGUCAGGAUACAACAGACAACUUACUUACAAGACAGAAUAAAUCCAAGUCUGACAUCAGUGACAUGGUUCGUGCCUCCACUAUCACAGUAUCAGACAAGGCUCAUAUUUUAUCAAUUCAGAAGUUCGGGCUGCGAGAUACAAUAGUGAAAUCACAUCUAGUGCAGAAAGAAGAGGAUUAUACCUAUAUCCAGAACUUCAGGUUUUUUGUGGGAACAUACAAUGUGAAUGGCCAGUCCCCCAAAGAAUGCCUCCAGCCCUGGCUAAGCCAUGGCAUUGAGGCCCCAGAUGUGUACUGUGUAGGGUUCCAGGAGCUUGACCUGAGUAAGGAAGCCUUUUUCUUCCACGAUACCCCGAAGGAAGAAGAGUGGUUUAAAGCUGUAUCAGAAGGUCUUCAUCCAGGAGCCAAGUACGCAAAGGUGAAGCUCAUCCGACUGGUUGGGAUUAUGCUGCUGUUGUAUGUCAAGCAGGAACAUGCGGCGCACAUCUCUGAGGUGGAAGCGGAAACCGUGGGGACAGGAAUCAUGGGGAGGAUGGGUAACAAAGGAGGAGUGGCCAUCAGGUUCCAGCUCCACAACACCAGCAUCUGUGUCGUGAACUCUCACCUGGCGGCGCACACGGAGGAGUGUGAGCGGAGGAACCAGGACUAUAAAGACAUCUGUUCUCGAAUGCAGUUCUGUCAGGCUGACCCAGGCCUCCCCCCUCUCACCAUCAGCAAGCACGAUGUGGUCUUGUGGCUGGGGGACCUCAACUACAGGAUAGAAGAGCUGGAUGUGGAAACAGUGAAAAAGCUCAUCGAAGAGAAGGCCUUCAAAAAGCUGUACGCGCAUGAUCAGCUGAAAACUCAGGUCACUGCCAAGGCAGUCUUUGAAGGCUUCAUUGAAGGCGAGCUCACAUUCCAGCCCACGUAUAAGUAUGAUACUGGCUCCGACGACUGGGACACCAGUGAGAAGUGUCGUGCUCCCGCCUGGUGUGACCGCGUCCUCUGGAAAGGGAAGAACAUCACUCAGCUGAGUUACCAGAGUCACAUGGCCCUGAAGACCAGUGACCACAAGCCUGUCAGCUCAGUGUUUGACAUUGGGGUGAAGGUGGUCAACGAAGAACGUUACCGCAAGACUCUGGAGGAGAUUGUGCGUUCCCUGGAUAAGAUGGAAAAUGCCAACAUUCCUUCUGUGUCCCUUUCCAAGCGAGAGUUCUGUUUUCAGAAUGUGAAGUACAUGCAGUUGCAAGUACAGUCCUUUACAAUUCAUAAUGGACAAGUGCCCUGUCAGUUUGAGUUCAUUAACAAGCCUGACGAAGAGUCCUACUGCAAGCAGUGGCUGAAUGCCAACCCCAGCAGAGGCUUCCUCCUGCCAGAUUCCGCCAUUGAGAUCGAACUGGAGCUAUUUGUAAAUAAGACCACGGCUACAAAGCUCAACUCAGGUGAAGACAAAAUUGAAGACAUUCUGGUUUUGCACUUGGACAGGGGAAAGGAUUAUUUUUUGUCCGUGUCUGGGAACUACAUGCCCAGCUGUUUUGGAUCUCCCAUUCAUACGCUGUGCUACAUGAGGGAGCCUAUCUCGGACCUGCCGCUUCAAACUAUUAGAGAGCUGACUCUGAUGCCACUACAGACUGAGGAUGAUGGGAUCCAGUUGGAGAACCCCAUGGGGAUCCCCAAAGAGCUCUGGAUGAUGGUUGAUUACCUGUACCAAAAUGCUGUCCAGCAGGAAGAUCUGUUUCAGCAGCCAGGCCUGCGGUCAGAAUUUGAGCAUAUCAGGGACUGUUUGGACGCUGGAAUGAUUGAAUCCCUCUCCGCCAACAAUCAUUCCGUGGCUGAAGCCCUGCUGCUUUUCCUGGAGAGCCUGCCAGAGCCUGUCAUCUGCUACAGCACCUACCACAGCUGCUUGGAGUGUUCCGGCAACUACACGGCAAGUAAACAGGUCAUUUCUACCCUCCCCACCUUCCACCAAAAUGUCUUCAACUACUUGAUGGCGUUUUUGCGAGAACUACUGAAAAAAUCGGCAAAAAAUCAUCUGGAUGAGAAUAUUCUAGCUAGCAUCUUUGGCAGCUUACUGCUUCGAAAUCCAGCUGGUCACCAAAAGCCUGACAUGGCAGAGAAGAAGAAGGCUCAAGAAUUUAUUCACCAGUUCCUCUGCGACUCACCCUGAGCCUCUCUGCCUCCUCUCCUGUCUUACUUGAGGCGGCUAAUUACCAGCUCCACCUGUUUCAGAUGCAGAAGAUGUGAGGGUUCUUGGGAGCAAAAGCAGCAGCUGCCUGUUUUCCUGAGCCCAGACUACACCCCCCCCCCCACUGUGGCUGUCACACGCAUGCCACUGUGAGUCGUGAAGACCUGGGGACAUCCACCACAAUAAAACUGACAGUCAGUGUUCAGCUUUAGUUAUUUAACACAGAUCUCUCGCUCUAUUUUUUUAAAUUUUAAAGAUGUUUAAAUAACUGUACUUCCUGUGCUCACUCAGCCUGCCUGCAGGGCAUUGUCAGUGCCUUCCCUGUAGCGUGGGCCGAGCUCCCCAUAAUCAGAUGGUUGAACAGACUUUGGGGUCCUGAAGGGAGAAUGAAUUGGACAGCAAGAAUGCAAAUGGAAUCUGCUGGAUAAACAGGCCACCGCCACCCCAGAUGCUUCCAGUACUCUGGGCACAUAUGUAUAUGUACAUACAAAGCCUACCCCCCGCUUCCUAAUCAGGUGGGGCUCAGCAACCCUGGGGCUGGCACUCGGCCUCUGAGGGCAAUACGGUGGCUCGAAAAUGAAAGUACUGAAGAAAUUGGUGCUGUGGUGAAACAAAUGGGAUUUUCCAGCUCAGCAAAUCCUCCAAACUGUAUAUGAUGCAUCCCCUUUCUCAUAUGUGUAAUAUAUUUUAAUGAUAAAUGUAUUUUUAACAGUG